AUGUCGGAGGACGAAGUUGACGAGAGGCAAGAACCCCAAGAGAUGGACAAGACUCAAGAGAAAAGAGCCCGUCAGAUACGGAUGCGCGUCCAUGCGAACCCCUGGGCUAUCCUCACGCCAUCACAGACUGGGCAAGUGAGAGCUGACAGUUCGAUUGGUGCCCUAUCAGAGAGCCGCUGGAGCCGGACACGAUAA